CUCGAUAGGGUUCUACCUUUUGGGCAAAGCCACCGCAGAGUCUAGCGCACACUAUGCGCUCUGUACUGGGAUGGCCAAGUCGCACACGGUAUUACAAUACGACAACGAACAUCCGGUCACAAAAGACGAAGAACACAGACACACGCACAUUAAUAUAUAUACAUAUAUAUUAAUGUGUACUUACAUCUAUAUCAAUAUAUUAGGUGUAUAUGCAAAAUGCACAGAUGUGGCACCAGAACCGGCGUGCGCUGCAUGCGACGCACCAUUACGCAGUGGUACGGUACUGAGCCAAAUGCCUCGCCGACCCGUGCUCGGGCAAGGGAAACAAGCCGGACGGAGAGAGGGAGCACUCUGGGAUGGUCCAAUUGCCGCGUGCCGCCAUCGCUGUCGCCAGCACACAGGUUUCCUCGAACUUUGCGCGGCACACCCGGUAACGAUACCUACCUACCUAGAAACGGACCACGACGCGGAAAAAGGGGGAGGGACGGGGAAUCUACGCCAAGGGUUGGGCAGUUUUCCUUCUCUUUGACUUCGAGUCCGGUAUUCGUUCUGAAGACACCGAGCGAAAACUACUACUUACUUAGACUUACUGCACCGGUUCACAUGACCACCUGCGUGCUACCAACGACGCGCCUGGGGCCUCGUUCACAUAUCCUACCUACGGCUACUGCAGGCAUGCUGCCGAGGCGGGCGGAGGUUCCAGGGAAAACGCCGGCCAGAAGGCAUACGACACGACGAACUAACGUGCCGCCUGUAGAUACACGGUUGUACAGGCUGCUUACUCGGGCGUCUACCCGACUCUCUCUGCCCACGCCCCCGGUACCUCUCACCCACCACGGGUGGAAGUCAGAUGCCGGUGUAGCUACUUGGUGUACGUGGGCGGGCAUCGAGCUCCUAACUGGGUCGGUGUGGUCGGUUGCGCUGCGCCUAUCGCUUCGUCCCGCUCCCGCUCCCGCUAAGCUGCGCGCACGUUCGAGUCGUCAGGUCGUGCCCAUGUCGUCCGUCGUCAUUUGUGACCCUUGGGUCGCUAACCCCUUGUUGUACCUAUACACAGCCGGGUAAGCGAGCACACCACAUGGAAGUAACCGGGCGUCUCUCUACCGAAGAGGGAACCGGGCAGCUCUCGAGGAUCGCAGAGGGGGGUACCUAUAACACACAUCUGCCUGUGUCCAGAUCAU